AUGGGCCAGAUUAGGAAGGGCGGUACAACGGUGGGACUUGGCGUUGGUGUUUUGGAACAUCAAAGAUGGACAGGGUUUUCGCGGAGGUCGCUCCUCAGAUAUCUCCACAACUACAGAUCGGGGAUCUUCCAAAAUCGAGAAGAUUGGUGCAUAUGGCUAGGUCUCUUCACCUUACAAUUUGUAUGGCACUUUGGCCCGGGGUUGUGGUGUGGUAGGGGAGAACGGGGGAUACUCCCACACAGGAGUUUUGAACAACGUCCGGUUCACGUUUGGCUGGAUAACUCCACCACCACACAGGGUAUGCGGUCGGCGAUGGGGUCAGAAUGCUCGUAUGAUCGAGGGCUUUUCGAUGGAUCUAUCGGCGGGUUCUUAUUCGAAAAAUCGAGCGAGUUCGUGGUGUCUGUAAGAAAUUACUUAUAA